GGAAGAUAUGUUUGUAACGAGACCCCCUGCAACUCCUAAAACAAUUAUUUCACACGAACCAUACAAAAAGAAAAAAAAAACGGAAAAUUAUGAAGAAAAGAGGAAGAAUGAUUUACUAGAAUUAGCAUGCAAUCACCUACAACAAUCCAUAUAUGAUAACGACAUUUUAGCGAAGUCAUGGGCAAUUGAAUUAGAAAAACUUGAACCUCAUCAACCACUGUUCGCUCAAAAAGCAAUUAACGAUGUCCUUUUUGAAGCCCGCUUAAAAACUCUCCAUCGUAAUUCGGUUUACUAGAUUUAUAUGAGCCUAUGUUAAGCAAUAUUAAUGAUUGCAUAUUAAUUAAAAUAAUUAAACAUGUUUCUGAUGUGUGCUACUCAAAUUCAUUAAAUAAUGAGGAAGCAAUUGUUAUAUUUUUUAAAUUUUUAGUUAAGUUACACAUUGAAUACUGUCCUAAUGAGUCAGUUAAAAAAACAAUUAUAAAGUGUUUUAAAUUGUGUCCAGAUGAAAAACAAGCUACUCUAAGAACUUUAUUUUCUUCGGAUCUUAUUAAAAUAAUGGAAAGAGAGCAUAAUUUUUCAGAAGCAGAGUUCUUAUUUAAAACUUUAAGUAAUUGUUGUGAACAAUUUCCAGAAAUAAUUCUUCAGUGCACAAAAAAAAUUAUUAUUUUUUUAGAAUUUCAUCUUCAAAAAGCAUAUUAUUGUUUAUCAGGCGAUGAAAGCAGUCCAGUUACAAAAAUAUCUGCUAUUAGAUGUAUACAUGAAACAUUUCGAUUUUUUCUUAAUUUUUUUAAACGAAAUUUGAUUAAUACAUCAUUGUCACCAUCAUUAAAUGAAUAUUUUGUAAAACUACAAUAUAGUAAUUAUUUACCCAUGGAAACACUUUUUAAUUGUACUUUAUCUAUAGUCUCAUUUCAUCUGACUUCUAUGACUCCAUUGGAAUUUUGGAAGGUUUGUCAGAAAAAUAUCUUGUCAGAACCAGAUUUUAUUAAAUUAAGUUUAUGUGUUUCAAUAUUAAACACUUUUUCAUGGCAAGAUCUAAUACUUGUGGAAAAUUAUAGCGAAAAAUCUUUAUUCUCAUACUUGUUUGAUAUUAUUGUUAAAAUUUACAAAAGAAGUUCAAAUGAUAGCAGUAUUAUAUUAUCUACAAGUCGAGUUGUGUUUAUUAUUUCUAAACGGCUUAGUAAUUGCUGUAAAAUACAAAUAGAGAAGAUUGAACUUGAAUUUUUAAUUGAUUUUGUGUGGGACCAUUUGGAUCAUUAUAUUGAUGGAGUUAGGCAUUUAGCUAGAGAUACAUUGUUAAAUAUAAUUAAAAUUAAAGAUGAAUAUGUAUUAGAAAAAAUACUGUGCAGUUUAUCUGCAUGUAAUCGAAAUUCUAAAGCUUUUAUUGUUGUACUAACAUUACUAGCUGAUAAAAAAAUUUCUGAAGACAUAAUUAAAUAUUUACCUUGUGUUUCAAACGAGUUAUUAUCAUUGAUGAGUUCAAGUAAUUCAGCUAUACAUGUAUUUUUAUCUUUAAUGACUGAUAAUUUAACCAAUACAGAAUUUGAAUUAUGGUUUAACUAUUGGAUACAACCAUUAUUUCAUUGUGCUGAUACUUUAGAUGUAAAAUAUAUAGAACAAAUACUAAAAAAUGCUGUUCAAUUAUCACCAAAUAUUUCUAAAAAAUUUAUUAAAAUGAAAGAUGAAAAUAAAUUUUUUUUGAAAAUAUCUCUUAUUUGUUUUAAAAUUGAAAAGCAAAUUAAUUCACAAAAUAUUGAAUGCAUAAAUUGGAUAGAUAUGAUAACUGUAGAGACUAUGAAAAAAGCUUUGCAUAAUAAUGAUAAUGAAAUAAGAAUUAUUGCAGUAAAUUUAAUUUUAGAUAGUCAUAAAACAACAAAGUCAUUUUUGAAGGAAGAACUUGAACUAAUGAAAUAUUUUAUCAUAUACAAUGUCAAAACUGAAGAAGCAUCAAUAAGACAAAUCAAUUUAAGUCUUGUAAAAAAACUUAUAUUAAGAAUGAAAGAAAGUCAAUAUUCAGCAGUUGUUAGAAGUGAUAAAAUAUUAGAAAAAUCAGUAGAACAAAAUUAUACACAAUUUCAUCAUUGGUUAAUUACUUUUUGUUUUGAAAAUUUAUUUUUUGAUGAAAAUUUUGCUAGACGUUAUUUUGUUCUUGAAGUUUUGAAUCUUAUAAGUACUUUUUUGUCUUUAAAUGAAACUAAAAAACAAAUGUUCAAGGACACAAAAAAUAUUUGUUUAUUAUUAAACUGUAUUUGGGAUACACACGAACAAAACAAAUUAUUGGCAGUGAAAAUAUUGAAGAGUAAAUCUUUAGAAAAAAUUAAUCUACCUAGUGAAAUUUCAAUUGAAGACAUUUUUAAUAUAAUCAAGGUUUUGGUUUCUAGUAUAAAUCCUUCUGACUGUAUAACAGCUGCAUAUCUAUUAGAAGUGAUGAUUUAUUUAUCUAACAAAAAUUCUGAAGAAUAUACACUUGAUAUUUUAUCUAAUUUAGCUAAAAUGCUUGAAAUAGAAAUAAAAUUAGCAGAGAAAAGUAUAAUUUUAGCAUCUGCAAAGGGACCAAUGUAUGGAAUCAUUCAUACCAUUAGACAUUUAGUUAACACCUUGAAUUGGGAAACCAUAUCACUUAAUGAUAAUUGGAUUAAAUUAAUUAAUAAUGUAUCCAAUUUAUGCUUGAAAUGUGAAAAAAUUGUUUCUGUAAUAGUAAAUGCAUCAUCACCUGAAGGUUUAAUUCCUAUGGAUGGGUUGUGUCAAAAUAAUGAUCAAGUUAAUUCACAAGUUGUACUUCUUUGUGCAUGGCGAACAACAAAAGAAGCAUCAUUAAUACUGGGUGAUAUAGUUGGUAUAAUUGCCUCAAAAACAACGAAUUCAAAACUGGAUGAGAUAUUAAUCACAGAUAUUUUUUCAUGUUUAACAAUGUUGUUGUCUGAAACCAAACACCGUGGAGCAUUUGAACAAAUAUUUGUUGCAUAUUCAAAAAUUUGCUCGAUAAUGUGGAAAUCACCAAUAUUUCAUAAUAUACCUUUUCAAUAUCUUGAAGAUGUUUUAAAAGAAAUAAAAAGUGGAACUGAUGAAAAGUAUUGUGCCACUAGAAGAAGUGCUGGAAUGCCAUUCAUAGUACAGGCUCUUAUUUGUUCAAACCACGAUAAACAUAGAGUUGUUAGCUUAACAUUAGAUGCAUUGAUAAGUAUGUGUGAAGUUGAAAAUGAAACAGGAAAAUCAAAGAUUGAAUUAGUUCAUGCAUUAAAUGUCUUAAGAGCAUUGUUCCGUUGUUCUAACUUAGGAGAAUUUGUUGAUCCUUUUAUAUCAAGAGCUAUUAAUAUUUCAAUUAUCUUAUUCAAUUCGUCUUCUUGGCCUGUGCGAAAUUCGUCCACACUUUUAUUGAGUGCCCUGAUAAAUCGUGUAUUUGGUGUUCCUAGAUCUUCCACUGAAGUUUCUUGGAAAAAUUGUAUGACAGGUCGAUUGUUUUUUGAGCGGUAUCCUGAUUUAUACUUUACAUUUUUAAAAGAAUUUAAGAAAUUUUCACCAUCUGAUUUAAGACCUUCAUUAUAUCCUACUUUAUUAAUACUAGCAAGAUUAUUGCCAACAUCAAACGAAAAUCCAGAUUGUGUUUUUCAAUUAUCUGUUUAUAUUCCUUACAUUUUUAAAUGUGCUCAAAGUCCAGUUAUGAAAACAAGAAUGUUGGCAGCUACAUCUAUUGUACCACAAAUAACACUCAACAAAUUUGUGGAAUAUAUUUCUACAAUUAUUAAUACAUUGAUUAAUAGUAAAUUAAAUGAAAACUUUGUUCAUGGAUUGUUUUUACAAAUUUUGAGUUUAGUGAAAAAGUUACCUGAUCUUCUUCAAGAAGAUAUUAAUAAAUUACUAAUUAUAUGCGAGUUAUUUUUAUCAAAAUAUUAUAUCUUUAAUCAUUACUCUUAUGUUAUUAAAGAAGUUCUUGUGAUGUGCAUCACAUAUACAUGGAUUCAAUUGGAUAACUUACAUUACUCAUGUGUUAAUGAUAUUUAUAAUUACACCUUAAAAUCUAUAGUAACUGUUUUUCAUUCAAAAGUUAUUGGGCGUUCAAAAUAUUUAGAAAGUUCAAUAUUAUUUUUGUUUUCAAUUUGUGUGAAAGCUCAGUUAGAUUUUUCUGAAGUUAUAAUAAAAUUAAUGACAAAUAAAGUAUGUUAUGAAAAAAUGUAUAAAAUAUUAGAAGUUAUAUUGGUACCAAGUUCAAAUGAAGUUUGUGAUAUAUUAAAAGAAAUUAAAAAACAUAAAAAUUGGAAUGAAAAAAUUUUAUUUGAUCAAUUUGCAGCAAAUAAUAGUUUUGCUGAUUUAUUAUGUAAACAAUGCAUUGAAGUUGAUAAUUUAAUUCAUAUUAAGUAUACGGUUUUAUCUAACUACUCUGUAGCAUCUUGUUUAUAUUUUACAAAGUAUGAAUCUGUUACUAAUUUCAUGUCAAGAGCAUAUGAUUUUCGAAGAGAUGAUGAGCUUGCUCAAGCAUUGUUUUGCAUUAACAAUCAAAUAAGAGUCAAUAAAAUUAAAAAGUCUUGCGAGUUUAAGAAACUAAUUGAGUUACUUGAGUAUGUAUUUUUGAGCAAAAAAUCUGAUAAUUGCAAAUGUGCUUCAAUUGAUAUUAUGGUAGAUAAUUAUGAUUUCUUUGUUAAUGAAUCUCAGUCAAAUAUUAAAAUAUUACUCAAAUUGUGGACCAUGUUAAUACGCUAUUCUGAAGAUGAUAGUGAGGAAGUAAGAGAUUGUGUAUGGCGUUUGGUUGACAAAACAGUAAUUGGUUCAAAAGCAUUUGAAUUGCUCUUUGAGAAGUUUUCUUGUCUGUUUAACAAACACGCAACCUCAGUUCUUGUAUCUUUAAUAUGUUGGGCAUACAUAGAUAUUGAAUUACCUCAAGAUCGCUAUACAGAACAGGCAUUUGAUGGCGAAGAUACUUGUAAGUACAAAGAACACAGUGUACGCAAAAAUUUAGCAAUUGGUACAGUCAAUAAAUUAACAAAUAAUCAAAAUGAGUUUAUGAAUUUAAAAAUAAAUGAAGAAAUUAAAGAAUGGAUGUUUGAAACUUGGACUAACAAUACAGAAUUCCAUCAAGCUAUAAUUAAAUUUUCAACAAUUAAAGACCUUAUUAAUUAUGCCAAAGAUUUUAAUUCUAAUGUUAAUAACUUUUUGGAAAUUAAAUGUAUUUUUCAAUUGACUAACAGAAAAAACUGUUUAUAGUUGGUGAAAUUAUUAUUUUAUUAUGUAUAAGUAUAUGUCAUGUAUUGAAUAAUUAUUUAUAUUUAAUAAAAUUGUUUUCCAUUA